AUGCCGAAACAAAAAUCAUCGCAAUCGAGUCGUAUGCGGUUUUAUGUUUCGGAAUUUGGCGCCGACGUCUUUUCUACCGAUGAUAUUUGGGUACCAGAUGAUUGUUAUAUCUUUCCUAGUAGUGGUAAGAGAAAUUUAAAAUUUCAACGGUGUUGGUUUAAACGAUGGAAUUGGUUGGCAUAUUCUGAAAAAGAUGAUGGAGCGUACUGUAAAUAUUGUGUUUUGUUUGCUGGAGAGGAUGGAGGUGUUGGAAAACAAACUUUUGGUAAUUUGGUAAAGAAACCAUUUAAAAACUGGAAAGAUGCUAUUGAAGUAUUUAAUAAUCAUACAAAUUGUGAAUAUCAUAAAACUUGCAUUCUAAAAGGAACAUGUGCCAAACAAAUUUUAGAAAAAAAAGUUGAACCUAUAGAUAUUCAAAUAGAUUCGGGAAUAAAACACAAAAUCUUUCUCAUAGGUCAUAGAGAUAGUGGACCCUUGAAUUUAACAGAGCCUAAUGAAAAUGAUGGAAAUUUUCGUUCAUUGUUGAGAUUUCGUGCUAAUAGUGGUGAUGUAGCAUUAAAAACGCACUUAGAAACCUGUUCUAAAAAUGCUUCCUAUACAAGUCCAAUGAUUGCUAAUGAAAUAAUUUCAACGUGUGGGGACAUUAUUUUAAAAAAAAUAGUUAAUAAAAUUAAUGAAGCAAAAUGUUUUUCGAUAUUAGUAGAUGAAACAUCUGAUAUUUCUGGUAUCGAACAAUUUUCUUUGUGUGCGAGGUAUUUUUAUAAUGGUCAAAUUAAUGAAGAUUUUCUACUGUUUGUUCCGGUAACUGAUGUCACGGGUAAAGGCCUUGCUAGUACACUGUUAACUUUGCUUGAUUUGAUUGGGAUAGAUUACAAUUACAUGAUUGGCCAAGGGUAUGAUGGUGCUGCCGCAAUGAGUGGUGUAUUUCAUGGUGCCCACGUUUAUGUCCAAGAAAAAUGUCCACUAGCAAUAUACGUACAUUGUGCAUCUCAUAGUCUGAAUCUUGCUAUUUCUGAUGCAUGUAAUAUUACUUCAAUUAGAAACUGUUUAGGAAGUAGCUUUCAUUGUUUGUUUCCAAUUAAAGAGAAAAAUAAUUCAGAUACUUUUGAAAAUGACAUAACAGAUUUAGUAAAAAAAUAUUCUCAAUUAUUACCAUCUUUUUCUCCUUUAGUAGUUAUUGCAGAAUUUAAAUUAUGGUCAACCUCUCUACAAAAUGUACCUAAAAUUCCAUCUAAUUUAUCAGAAUUACUUAAUAAUUGUAAUGAAAGUGACUAUCCAAAUGUCUACAAACUGUUAAAAAUCGUGGUAACUUUACCCAUCACAACAGCUACUGCAGAAAGGUCAUUUUCGACAAUGCGACGAUUGAAAACUUAUCUCAGAAAUACCAUGGCAGAGAACCGUUUAAAUGAAUUAGCACAGCUGAAUAUUCACAGGACAAUUGAAGUUAAUCCAGAAGUAGUGUGA